CGUUUCAUUUCUGACUUCAUUUCAUACAAUAUAAAGUAGAUUGCUUACCGCCGGCAUUGUUUUUUGGUUAUAUUAACAAACAAAAUCUUUAAGAUUUCCUAAAUUUUAGUUUAUCAAAUAUAUAAUUGACUUUCAAGCAUUUCAUUAUCGCUAAUAUGUCUAUCGGUGUACCAAUUAAAGUACUUCAUGAAGCCGAAGGGCACAUUGUAACAUGUGAAACAAUUACUGGAGAAGUUUAUCGAGGCAAGCUGAUCGAAGCUGAGGAUAAUAUGAACUGUCAAAUGACUCAAAUUACUGUGACUUAUAGGGAUGGCCGUGUAGCUCAGUUAGAAAACGUUUAUAUUCGAGGAUCCAAAAUAAGAUUUCUAAUACUUCCUGACAUGUUGAAAAAUGCGCCUAUGUUCAAAAAACAGGGGUCCAAAGCAGGUGGUGCUGGAAGAGGGAAGUCUGCAAUUCUCAGAGCACAAGCUGCACGAGGAAGGGGUCGGGGUAUGCCUGUUCGAGGAGGAGCUGGCAGAGGCGCUGGUCCUUGGCAGGGAGGUCCUGGUGGAGGAAGAGGUCGUGGUGGUCCAGGAAUGCAAUAAAUUAAUGAUUAGAAUUAUGUAGCUUAAGAACCCGCUCCUUUUUAUGAGCAAAGUCCACACACUUUUCUUUUUAUUUGUUUUUAAUAUACAAGGAAACUAUGAUCGUAUGUGAACUUAUUACACAUUUUGAUUACAUUUGUUUUAUUCAUUGACUCGAAUGACAAAAAUUCAUUCAGUUAAAAGUUACAUGCUGCAUUAUUGAAUAAAAUUCAUCAAAUUGUAUUUUAACAGAAUUAUUUGUAUAAUACAAAGCAAUUAAAU